GCCUCUGGCUCCAAGGACAAGGUCUACGUGACUGCUUAUCACCAGGGGGUUGUUGUCUUGUACUUGUUUGUCUGAGUGCUCUUGACCAAUAAUCUUGUGUGAAACACUGUCCACCCCUGUUAAGUUCACCAUUAAAGUUAGGCUAUCGGGGCAAUAAAAUGGAGCAUGAUCUGACCAUACUGGUAUCGAUCGUGCUUUUGGCCGUGCGUCCUGCAACACUCCCUGUUGAGUCAGCCGGGGGCAGGAGGACAGACGGGGGGGGCGCUGCUUUUUAUUCGCUGGUGCUGGGGUUUUGGUUUCAUUUCUGCUGGUGCCAGGAGCAGGAAUGGAGCAGCCACUGUGCCUGGUGCGCAACGGGCCCAACGGGAAGUUGAGCCUCAAUCCCAAGGUGCUGAAGGUGCUGCGCGGCAUCUGGCAGCCCGUGGUGGUGGUGGCCAUUGCCGGGCGCUACCGCACCGGCAAGUCCUUCCUCAUGAACCGGCUGGCACAGCGGCGCACCGGCUUCCCCCUGGGCCACACGGUGCAGGCGCACACCAAGGGGAUCUGGAUGUGGUGCCUGCCGCACCCGCGCCGGGCCGACACCACCCUGGUGCUGCUGGACACCGAGGGGCUGGGGGACCCCAACAAGGGUGACAGCCGUAACGACGCCUGGAUCUUCACGCUGGCGCUGCUGCUCUCCAGCACCCUGGUGUACAACAGCACCGGCACCAUCGACCAGCAGGCGCUGGACACCCUCGGGGUGGUGACGGCGCUGACGGAGCGCGUGCGGGUGCGGGCAGGGGACAGCGGGGACACGGUGGCGGCCGACUUCGUGCACUUCUUCCCCGGCUUCAUCUGGGCCGUGCGGGAUUUCGUGCUGGAGCUGUCGGUGGACGGGCGGCGCGUCAACGAGGACGAGUACCUGGAGCACGUGCUGCGCCUGCGGACCGGGAGCAGCCGCGUGGUGCAGGAGCAGAACGAGCUGCGGCGCUGCCUGCGCAACUUCUUCCCCAACCGCAAGUGCUUCGUGCUGCCGCCGCCGGCCGAGCCCGAGGCGAUGACGCGCCUGGAGGAGCUCGAGGAGGGGCAGCUGCGCCCCAGAUUCCUGCAGCAGGCCGACGCCUUCUGCCGGCACAUCUGGGACACGGCCCCGGUGAAGGCGCUGCCAGGGCGGGCGGCGGUGACGGGCAGGAUGCUGGCGAGCCUGGCGGAGAGGUACGUGGAGGCCAUCGGCAGCAGCGGCGUGCUGUGCCUGGAGAGCGCGGUGACGGCGCUGGCGGCGGCCGAGAACAGGGCAGCGGUGGCGGCGGCGGUGGCCGAGUACCAGCAGCUCAUGGAGCAGGAGCUGAAGCUGCCCACGGCCUCGCAGGAGGAGCUGGGGGACGCGCACCAGCGCUGCAAGGGCCGUGCCCUCAACCUCUUCAUGGCGCGUGUCUUUGCUGACAAGGAGCAGCGCUACCAGCUCCAGCUGAUGAGCGAGCUGGAGGCGGCCAAGGAGGAAUUCUGCCGGCGCAAUGAGGCAGCCUCGGAGGAGCGGUGCCGCGCGGUGCUGCGGGAGCUGUGGCGGGACGUGGAGCAGCGCCUGGACCGCGGGGAGUACGCCGUGCCGGGGGGGUCGCGCCGCUUCCAGGAGCAGCUGGGGGAGCUGAGGGAGGAGUACCACCGGCGGCCUGGCUUGGGAGUGAAGGCAGCGGCGGUGCUGGAGAAGUUCCUGCAGGAGCACGAGGUGUUGGUGCAGGCGCUGUGCGCGGCUGACCAGCAGAUGUCAGAGCUUGAGAAGAAGCGGGCGGCCAGCGAGGCGGCAGCAGCUGCAGCAGCGGAGGCCAUGAGGGCGAUGGAGGCGCGGCAGGAGGAGCAGCGGCGCAGCCGGGAGGAGCACCAGCGGCAGCUGGAGGAGCAGCUGUGCCGCCAGCAGGGGGUGAUGGUGGAGGAGCAGGAGCGCGUCAUCGAGCACAAGAUGAGGGAGCAGCAGGCGCUGCUGCAGGAAGGCUUCAAGCGGGAGGCCGAGGCGCUGGGGGAGCAGAUCCGGAGGCUGCGGGAGGAGAAGGAGGAGAUGAAGAAGCCAUCGUGGCGCCAACGGGUGCUGGACGGGCUCGGCAUUGCCGCCCAAAAUCUCCUGCCGGUCCUGGGGCAGCUGGUGGUAUCAGGGGCCAUGGUAGCGGUGCUGAGCUUCCUCCGUGUGCCGCUGGAGCACCAGGUACUGCUGCAGUUAGGCUUCCAGUGCUUGGCCAAGUUGCUGCGGGAGCUGAUCCAGAGGAAGCAGGAGGACAAGCAGAAGAUGAAGAAGCCAUAGCACUAAUGGGUGCUGUAGGUGCUCGGCAUCACCGCUGAAACCUUCCUGCCAGUCCUGGAGCGGGUGGUGGUGCUGAGGGCCAGGGCGGGGGUGCCGAGCCCCCUCCGUGUGCCGCAGGAGCACCGGGCGCUGCUGCAGGAAGGCUUCAAGCAUGAUUCCGAGGUGCUGAGGGAGCAGAUCCAGAGGCUGCGGGAGGACAAGGAGGAGAUGAAGAAGCCGUCGUGGCGCCAACAGGCGCUGGACGGGCUCGGCAUCGCCGCCGAUAUCUUCCUGCCGGGCCUGACGCGGGUGGCGGUGUCGGGGGCCCUGCGGCUGAUCCGGCGCGUGCUGUGACCUCGCUGCAACUCCAAUAAAUUCUUUCCUUUUGGCUCUAA